AUGGAACGUUGGCACAACAAAAUCGCAGUGGUAACAGGUGCCAGCGGUGGAAUUGGUGCUGCCUGUGCUCGUGCAAUGGUAGGGGCAGGAUUACGUGUUGUGGGCUUGGCACGUCGGGAGGCCAAGCUCAAGGAGUUACGGGACAGCCUACCGAAAAAUUUGCAAUCAAAUUUCAUACCGCGUCGCUGUGACGUAUCUAAGGAGGACCAGGUGCAGAACUCAUUCGAUUGGAUCGAACGUGAAUUUGGAGGCACGGAUGUGCUUUUAAACAAUGCGGGCAUAACCCGUGAAACAGAGCUUGUGGCUCCCGGAAAUACCCAAAAGCUGCGAGAGGUUAUUGACACCAAUGUCAUGGGGGUGUUAUGGUGUACACGAGAAGCAUUUAAUAACAUGAUUAAACGUGAUGCAGAGGGUCAUGUGCUUAUCAUCAAUAGCAUUGCGGGUCACCAAGUAUUAAACUUUAUUGAUAUAUUGCCCUCUUUCAACAUUUAUCCGGCUACGAAAUUUGCUAUUACGGCCAUAACCGAGACAUACCGACAGGAGUUCCAGGUGCACAAGAGCAAGGUUCGUGUGACUGCUAUCUGCCCGGGGGCAACCAACACCAACAUUUUUCCAGAGGAAAUACACUUCUAUGUGAAGGAUAUGGAACGCUUGGAACCAGCAAAUAUUGCCGACGCGGUGAUGUAUGCCUUGCGCACGCCUCCUCAUGUUCAGGUUCAUGAGAUAACCGUGAAACCUAUGGGCGAAAUGUUUUAAUAAACCAACAAAUUAAUAUUUGAAUGUUUCAUUGUUUAUUCGUUAGCGGAAUCAAGCAACUUG